AUGAGUGCUUUAUUAAAACUGAAAGUGCUUGAAGAAUAUCUGCAAGAUCUUGUUGGUUUUAAGAGGCCAAAGAUACAGUAUGAACAAUAUGAAACUCCAUCACACAUAGCAGCGGUUGCUUUACACACAAUACAGGUUCGUUUUGAAGCAUUAGAAAAUCGGUUAGUACUGGAUGCAGGUUGUGGACCAGGUGUAUUAGCUUUGGGUGCAUCUUUACUGGGUGCCAAUCUUGUCACCGGUUUAGACAUUGAUGAGGAUGCCAUUAAUAUAAUUAUGGAAAAUAUUGAUGACAAUGAAAUUACUAAUGUUGAAGUGAUACAGACUGACUUUCUGAAUAGUAACACUUACAGGUGGAAAAACUACUUUGACACAGUCUUGAUGAACCCUCCAUUUGGUACAAAAAAUAAUUUAGGAAUGGACAUGAAGUUUCUACAGAUGGGCCUUGAGCUCAGCUGUGAUAGUGUAUAUUCACUACAUAAAUCUUCAACUAGGUCACACAUACAGAAGAAGGUUAAAGAGUGGAAUGUGAGAGGUGAAGUGAUUGCAGAAUUACGCUAUGAUCUGCCUGCGACGUACAAGUUCCAUAAGCAAGCUUCACGCGACAUCGCCGUCGACCUGUGGAGACUAAAACAUCCUCAUACAUGACAACAGCUGCAUAAACUCUGUGAAUUUUAAAUGCUGUGAUAUUUGGAUACGAUUAAAAUUGCUAUCUCUGUUUUUGAAAGAAAAUGAGAAUGAUGGCAACAUUCUUGUAAUACAAAUAUUACGACUUCAAUGGAGAUCCGACAAGGAUAUCUGACUUGUCAAACUAAAUUAUGCCAGCUCACUGGCGCCCUACUGCCAAUGACGAAACAGUGUCACAAAGUCCUUUUCUUACUGCAGUUGUCAUGUCAUGCCUUUUCUUUUAUGCCAUUUUCUGAGCUCAUGUAGGUUUUAAGUAUUUUCUGACAACUAACCGCGACAGCAGCGCCUCUCAUGGGGUCAAUUAAAUUACCAUGUUGUCAUAUCUGUUAAAAAAAAAACAGACGUUCUAGCAUCCCGAGUUUAGUUCCACACGGAUCUUAUGGCAGUUAGAAAAUAUGUGAAUUGUGAACAACCAUUGAUUGAGCACCGUUUACAGUUUUAUUUUGCCAUUUUCAUAAUUUUGAAAUCCAAUAAAAAUAUCACUCAUG